AUGGAAGAAGCUUUUCGUAUUAAUCAAAGAAAAAGUCGAAAAGCGAGAAAUGAUGUAGCUGUUCAAGGUACCAAUGAUUCGAGUAUCUUAUCAAAAGUAUCCAUGGCCAAACUUGGAUAUUUUGAUGAUUUAUUUCUCCGAGAAUUUGUUGACAAAGACGUGAGACGUUCACCAUCAAUAAAUCGAGGUUAUUAUAUUAGAAUGAAAGCAUUGGAAUAUGCUUUGAAUAUGUUUUAUUCGACCUAUGAUCAAACAGCAGUACAGAUUGUCAAUUUAGGUGCUGGAUUUGAUGCAACUUGGUUUCGUUUAGAUGAUGAUCGAAAACAACGAACACAUUUUAUUGAUAUUGAUUUUCCUGAAGUUAUGCAACGUAAAUUAGCAUUGAUCGAAGUUCGUUCUCGACUUAAAGAACAGUUCGAACCGAUGCAUACAUUUAGUUCAUUAGAAAAUUUCGCGGUAACCAAUGAAAAAUAUUCAUUAAUCGGUGUUGACAUGAGAGAUAGUUUAACUCUAAAUACACUUCUGCAAUCAGUGAAAGUCGAUGAAACAAAGCCAACUUUAUUAAUCAGUGAAGUUGUUUUAACAUAUAUGGGCCGAUCAAGUUGCAAUCGUGUUAUACAAUGGAUACUUGAUUUUUUUCAAGAAUGUGUCUUAACCACUUAUGAACAAGUUUUACCCGAGGAUGGUUUCGGUCAAGUUAUGGUUGCACAUUUUGCUAAAUUAGGUUCACCAUUGAAAUGUAUCCAUCAAUAUCCAACUAGUGAAUCUCAAGUUCAACGCUAUACGCAUUUAGGUUUUGAUUUUUCAGUUUGUGUAAAUAUGCAUAAUUUCUAUCGAAAUUAUUUAUCGACUGAUGAACAUAAUCGCAUUGAUGUACUAGAACCAUUUGAUGAAAUUGAAGAAUGGCAAUCGAAAUGUGCGCAUUAUAUUCUUUUGUUUGGUUUACGAACAACAGCGAAUGUAUCGAAGCAAUGGUUUGAACAAAUGGAUAACGAUUUUAGGUCAAUUAUCUAUUUAAAAAAAGACACUUUGACGCCGAGUAAUAAUCAAAUAAACGAUGAGCAAGUUAAAGUUGAUGUUCAAUUCGACAUUUAUCCUACAACUAUGACUUAUGCACAACGUUUUGGACAUCAAUCAAUAUUAAUUCACGAGAAAUUUGUUUGGACGAUGGGAGGCUUUGGAACUGUCGAUGGUAGACAUCGAAGGUUGAAAACGAUUGAAGUAUUAAAUAUUGAUAAUGGAGAUAUUCAAAGAUUAGAUAAUCAUUCACUCGGCGAAUAUGUUUUUCAUACAUGUCAUACAUCAGAUAAUUUUAUAUUACUAUUUUUUGGUCGUAAAAGUCCCGGGAUAUUAAAUUCCUGUGCUUCAAUAGAUAUAAAUACUCUUCAAGUUUCAAAUUUCAAUGAAGACGAGAAAAUUCUUCGCCGAUGGCGGCACUGUUCCUGUUUUGUAAAAGAAAAUAAUAGAAUAAUAAUAUUCGGUGGUUGUAUUAGUGUGUCGAAAUCGACGAAUGAUACGCUUUGUUUAAAAACAAACGGUGAACUUACUUCUACUCAAUUUUCAGAAAUAAAACCAUCAAAUCGAAACUCAGCUCGUUUAAAUGCCUAUAAGCAUUUUGCUGUUCUUUCUUGUGGCUUAUUAGAGAACAAUGAGCCGACUAAUGAAAUUUGGCUUUUAGACACAACUAAACAUGUGAUGAAUUGGACAUUAUUUCAAACAAAUGGAACAGUCAUACCAAGAUAUUCACAUAGUGCAGACGUUGUUGACGAUACGCUUUGGUUGUUAGGUGGAAUGAAUGCUGAUGAACGCAGACCACCAGGUUUAUGUAAAAUAAAUUUAAUCACUGGUGACGCUGUUGAGUAUAUAAUACCAACAAUGUGUGGCGAUCAACCAAUUAUACUUUAUAAUCAUCAAACAGUGCUGCUAAAUAAAACAACGUUUCUUAUAUUAGGAGGCGGCGGAAAUUGUUUUUCUUUUGGUGCUCAUAUCAAUCAGCCGAUGACUCUUAAAUUUGAUCAUUUAGUGAACUGA